AAAUUGUUCAAUAGCAAAUUAACACCUAGCUAGCCACACAUACACUUCGAUCGUAAUGGAGAAGAUUGUAGGUGGAAUUUCAAAGUUCAAGAUUGUGUUCAAAAAGCUUCAAAAGAUUUUUCUCUUGCGGGGCAGAACAAAUAAAGAGGGACAUUUUGCAGUGAUUGCUGAUGAUGGGGAAGAACAAAAGAGGUUCGUGGUGCCAUUGAGUUGUUUGAGAAACUCAACAUUCGUGAGACUAUUGGAGCAAGCAGCAGAAGACUAUGGGUUUGAUCAGGGUGGUGUACUAACCAUUCCUUGCAGGCCUAAUGAGCUUGAAAUGUUAUUGGCCCAGCAAUGGCAGCAGCUAGACGGGAGAGGGAGAAAUUCUGUGACCACAUUUGAGUCGCAGUUGAAUUUCUAAGUCUUUAACAAGUUUUGAUUUUAGUGUAUAGAUAAAUUUAGAGGUAAAUAUAACUAUUCCACUUCCACCCUGUGUGGCAGAAAGGAAUUGAAGUGAAAAGCAUGAUACGUGAUGUGAGGGAAAAAAAAAGAGAAAGAGAAAAUAGUGAAAAUUAGAUAAAAGAGAAGGUUAAGUGUGAAUAUAUCAAAGUAGUCUGAUGUAAUACGCUGAUGUUGAAUACUCAUUUUUAAAUUCAGGUGGAACAGCAUCGGAAAGUACAUUGGACUCCUUUGUCUUUUCCUAUUAAAGAUUUUGGGAUAUUAUAGGGGAUGACUUGUUAGAAAGUCCUAGAUA